AUGGAUGAAGAAAUCGAACGUGAUGAACGAGUUUUUUUAAUCGGGGAAGAAGUAGCACAAUAUGAUGGUGCUUAUAAAUUAUCAAAAGGUCUUUGGAAAAAAUAUGGUGAUAAACGUAUUGUUGAUACACCAAUUACUGAAAUGGGUUUUGCUGGAUUAGCUACAGGUGCAGCUAUGGCUGGCCUUCGACCAAUUUGUGAAUUUAUGACAUUUAAUUUUUCUAUGCAAGCUAUUGAUCAAGUGAUUAAUUCAGCAGCUAAAACUUAUUAUAUGUCAUCAGGCAAAGUUAAAGUACCAAUCGUUUUUCGUGGACCAAAUGGAGCAGCUGCUGGUGUGGCUGCUCAACAUUCUCAAGAUUUUUCAACCUGGUAUAGUCAAUGUCCUGGUUUGAAAGUCAUUUCACCUUAUUCAGCUGAAGAUUGUCGAGGUUUACUUAAAGCUGCUAUUCGUGAUGAUGAUCCAGUUGUUUUUCUGGAAAAUGAACUACUUUAUGGUCAACAGUUUCCAAUUUCUGAUGAAGCUUUAUCACCUGACUUUGUUUUACCUAUUGGUAAAGGAAAAAUUGAACGUAAAGGAAAACAUAUAACACUCGUCUCGCAUUCAAUUGGUCUUAAAAUAUGUUUGGAAGCUGCGAAAAAGUUAGAAGAAAAUGGAAUUGAUUGCGAAAUUAUUAAUCUACGAACAUUAAGACCACUUGAUGAAGAAAUAAUAAAAAUAUCUGUUAAAAAGACUCAUCAUCUAGUUCCUGUUGAAUUUGGUUGGCUACAAUGUGGUAUUGGAAGUGAAAUAAUUUCUAGAAUAUGUGAAAGCGAUGCUUUUGAUUAUCUUGAUGCACCACCUAUACGUGUUGCUGGUGCUGAUGUUCCACUUCCAUAUGCAGUAACUCUGGAACAGAAUUCUGUGCCACAAGUUUCUAAUGUUAUUAAAACAGUCAAACAUGUUUUGAACAAAUAA